AUGGAGGUUCUUGAACAUAUCAAGAUGUUGCAUGACAGCUUUAGGUGCCCAAAAUUGUUGGACUGUAUCCAUACCUCCAAUAAAGAAGGGUUGUCUAAGCACCUGCCAUGUUCCAUUACAGCCUCAACAAAUGAGCGCAGCGUUCCCCCAGUGUUACUAUUCUCUUCUUCUGCUCGGCGACGCCCCCUUCCCAGUGGAGAGAAUAAGUUUCUCAAAGCCCUGCUUGGUGUUGCCAAUUAUUUUCAUUUCACUCUUAAAAUGUUUGUGGUGUUGGACUUGAAUUGGACCAUGAAUUGGACGAUGAAUUGGUACCAGCAAAUAACCUUGAUUGCUAUGGAAAUCCGGUCCCUGUUACCCAAUCGUCUAUGGGCAUAG